GCUUGCCAAUCGCCCGAGCUCGCGCUGCAUCUGCCCAGUGUGCACGCGAGCCAAUGUCUUCGCCGUCGAUCAGCCUGCGGGCAGGACGAUGUCAGCGCAGAGCCGAGACCAGAUGGGUCGAUCCACUGCCCGAACGAGGGCUCCUCUAUAUCGAGCAAGAAGACGAUCUCACGCACUUGCGAUGGAGAGAUCUCGCUACAAACGCCAUAGUCGACGAUCUCAUCCUCUUUCCCGGUGAUGCAUCCUUCAGCAAAGUAUCGCAAUCGAGCACAGGCAGGAUAUACGUCCUCAAGUUCUCCUCGAGCUCUGCGCGACACUUCUACUGGCUCCAAGAUCCCUCGGACAGCGAAGAUGCGGCUCAGACGAAGCGACUCAACGACCUCAUCGUCAACGACGAGCAAGACGAACAGGAUACGACAAUGGCCUCCAACGCCGAUGCAGGUCCGUCCUAUAUCCCAGCCACACCGGCGCCAGCUCAAUCUGCGGCUCCCUCUGCGCCUGCUGCUCCUCGCAAGCCAGAAUCAACGCGAGGAACCUCACAAAUGGAUCAAAUGCGAAGCAUACUCGCCAACCUGGGCCAAUCACCGCUUGCGCAGCAGGACGAGGAGCCAGCUUACCAUCUGACGGAUGUUCUCCAGCCCUCGCGACUCCUGCCGCUUCUGAGAGACGAGAAGACGCGAGAAGCUCUGUUCCCAUACCUGCCGACCGAUUUUGAGCCUACCGAGGAGACGCUGCAGCGAGUCAUACAGGGACCCGAGUUCCGCAGAGCUGUAGCCAGUCUCGACGCAGCUCUGCGCACCGGCGCUCUCGCCCCACUCGUAGCAAGCUUCGGCUUGCCACCUGAUGCUGCAAUGGGCGUUGACGCUUUCCUCAAAGCGAUACAAGACAAAGCAGACAAAGAGAGACCAGAGAGCAUGCAAGAAUGAUAAUCCAUUGCAUGUCGGUCUGCUCAUAUGCGAACAACAAAAAUAUACAGUCUGCGGAACACAAAUCUCAUUUCUGUCCCUU